AUGGAGCAAGAGCCUGUGCUGGACGAAGUGAAUUUCUGGGAAGCAGGAUUCUUGCAUCGAAAUAAUCGCAGUAAGUACGGACUGCGUGCUGCCUCGGACCAACUUCUGUUUAGAGUGAAUGGAAUGUCGGAUUCCGAGGAUGAUUAUUCGUCUUAUUAUUCGUAUUCGGAAUCGGAGUCAGACUAUUCGUAUUCGGACUAUUCGGACUAUUCUUACGAUGAUGAGAAUGGAUUGACUAAGCCGAAGAUGAAGAUUGGAAAGCUUCCGUUUAGUGAUGAGGAGUUUGGUGAUGAAGAAGAGGCUGAAGAGAAGCCGAAGGAAAAGAAGAAGGUCGCUCCGGUGAGCGACGAGGAGUUUGGCGAUGAAGAAGAGGCUGAAGAGAAGCCGAAGAAGAAGAAGGAGGCCGCUCCGGUGAGCGACGAGGAGUUUGGCGAUGAGGAAAUGGAGGAAGAAAAGCCGAAAGAAGAGGAAGAGGCCGAGGAGAAGCCGAAGGAAAAGAAGAAGGCCGCUCCGGUGAGCGACGAAGAGUUCGGUGAUGAGGAAAUGGAGGAAGAAAAGCCGAAGCCGAAGCCAAAGGUAGAAGUGGUGGAGGAGGACGAGGACUUCGGUGAUGAAGUAGCUGAUGAAGAGCCGAAAGAGGAGGAGAAGCCGAAACCCAAAGCGAAGGUGGAAGCGAUCGACGACGAGGACUUCGGUGAUGAAGUAGCAGACGAAAAGCCUAAGGAGUCGGCGAAGAAGGGAAAGAAGGCGGGAAAGAAAGCAGCCAAGAAGGGAGGAAAGAAGUCAAAGGAAGAGCCCAAGGAAGAGCCCAAGGAAGAGCCCAAGGAAGAGCCCAAGGAAGUGGAGGAGGAUGAAGACUUUGAUAAGCCCGACGAGCCCAAGGAGGAGCCCAAGGAAGAACUGAAGGCAGAGCCGAAGGACGUCGAUGAUUCGGAGGAUGAAGAACCGAAGGAAGAGCCCAAGGAAGAACCGAAGGCAGAGCCCAAGGACGUCGAUGAUUCGGAGGAUGACAAGGAGGAAGGAUCGGAGGACGAGCCAAAGGAAGAGGAAGGAGAAGAGGAGCCGAAGGAAGAAGCGAAAGCGGAGCCGGAAGACAAAGGCAAGGGCAAGAAAGGAAAGAAGGCCGACAAAAAGGGCGGCAAGAAAGGCAAGAAGGCGGAUAAGAAGGCCGACAAGAAGGAAAAGGCUCCCGAGGGCGAGAAGCGAGAACGACGUCGACGAGGGGGAAAGAAAGAAGAGGCGGUAGGCGCGCUGGGUGCGUUGGGAAAGCCCAAGUCCAAAUCGAAGAAGGGAAAGAAGAAGGCUGCCGCUCCUACGGCGGCGGCUACUGAUGCUACUGCUGCUGCGCCUGCAACCAAUCCUGCUGCUGCUGCCGAUGCGCCGGCUGCGGAAGAAGCUAAGUGAAUGCAAUGAAUUUGCUGAGUUCUGUGUUAU